GCCUGCAGCCCCCGGGAGACCCGGAGCUCGGCCGAAACCGCUCGGGAUCCGUCCUGAACCGAGUGCGCACCGGGGGACCAGGGCCGUUUGAGGUUCUGUGGUGCUGCUCUGGGCUCUGCCGGCUGACGGGCUGGGCAUGGGACAGCAGUGAUGACAUUGAAGAUGUGUCUCUCUUUGAUGCAGAUGAUGAUGUAUCCAGGAGAUCAAAAAAGUCAAAAAUAAGGCAUCCAGUGGCAUCAUUUUUCCACUUAUUCUUCCGAGUCAGUGCGAUAGUUGUCUAUCUGCUCUGUGAGCUCUUAACUAGCAGCUUUAUUGCCUGCAUGGUGACAAUUAUCCUCCUCUUGUCGUGUGACUUUUGGGCUGUAAAGAAUGUCACAGGGCGACUGAUGGUUGGCCUUCGCUGGUGGAACCAGGUGGAUGAUGAUGGUAGGAGUCACUGGGUAUUUGAAGCCAGGAAGGUAUCGGCGCAAGGGAGUAAAACCUCAUCAGAAGCAGAGUCCCGAAUUUUCUGGUUAGGUCUCAUUACAUGUCCUAUGAUCUGGGUGAUAUUUGCUUUCAGUGCUCUCUUUUCUUUCAAAGUGAAGUGGCUGGCAGUGGUUGUGAUGGGAGUGGUUCUUCAGGGAGCCAACCUUUAUGGUUAUAUCAGGUGUAAAGUUGGCAGUAGAAAGAACUUGACAAGCAUGGCGACCAACUAUCUUGGGAAGCAGUUCUUGCGGCAGACUGUGGCUAAAGAGGACCAAACAGCAUCCUGAGUCUGGUGGAAGCCUCAAGUAAGACCAGAUUCACAGUAGCGGACAACAGAGAAUGUUGCUGUGACCCUGAGAUUUGGGAGCUGCAUACGUGAGGUUUGAAUUAAAAGAAGUAAAUAAAUUGUGCAAGACUUCAGGUUAACACUCCUAGCAACUUAUAUUCAAUUUUCCACUAGCAGUUUGUGUUUCAGUCUUUUUUUUUUGUUUGUUUGAUUAAUUAGAAUUAAUUUGCUUAAACUUUAAACUAAAAAAUAUCCUAGGUGGCUCUCAUACAGGUUUAGAACUACUGGAUGAAUUCAGAGGAAAUUGCUGGACAUCCUUCUUCAGAAAAACCAUGCACAAGCCGAGCCUUCUGUUACCCAAGAACUCCCCCAACUCUUCCAGCAGUUGGUGCCUCAGAUAGUUUCGGUUGUGGACGUUGCUGCGUUUUGUUCUUGGAGGUCAUUGCUGCUUCUGUUACGAAGUUUAGAUAGUCCUCUUUCGGCUCCGCAUCCCUCUCAUUCUGUGACUUGAACGACGCUGAGGUGGUUGCAGUGAAGGACAUCUAAAGGAAAUGUU